ACAUACCGGUCCUUCACUGAACAAAACAAACAUGGCAGACAAGAAGCCAGUGGUUCCCAUCCCCAAAAUCCUCACUAAAAGCGAGGGGGAAGAAAUAGUACAGAAAUUCCAACAAAUGAGAAAUGAGCAAAGAUCGUUAAUGGCCAAGAUUUCGGAGUUGGAGCAGGACUUGAAUGAGCACAAGAUUGUAAUUGAGACACUCCAAGAUGUCUCUCCAGAUCGUAAGUGUUUCCGCAUGGUUGGAGGAGUCCUUGUAGAGAGAACUGUGAUGGAAGUGUUGCCUGCACUACUGAACAAUAAAGAACAAUUAACAAAGGUGAUAGAUAGCCUCAACUCGAAGCUGGUAAGCAAAGGAAAGGAGGUAAAUGAAUACCGUGCGAAGCAUAAUAUCAAAAUUAAAGGUCAAGACGAUAUUAAGGAAAGUCAACCAGCCGAAUCUACAACUGGCACUACAGGCGUCCUCGUUGCUAAUAAAUCCUAGUCAUGCUGAUAACUCGUUUUGGUUAAUUCACUGCCUGAGAGCAGGUUUUGUUUAUGAAGUUACAACUUCCACAGAGAACUCUAAAUAUGAAAGAUGAAAUUGAUUGUGAAGGUAAUCUUGUAUUAACCUGUUAAAUCUUCAAAUUAUGCAAUGAGAAUCAUACAAUAAUGGUUGGCAGUCCAGAGUAUUGAGGUGAGUUUGGAGUCAUAUACAGUUGGUGGAAACAUCCGGUAUGUAGAAAAACCAUGGUAUUGCCCGUGAACAUGUUUACUUCCCGGGGCAAACGACGUCGAUGUAACAUUGAGUCAUCGUUGAUCCUACAUUGAUUUAAUGUUAUUAGAGCAUGUUUUGCCCACUGGGUACUUAUACGUGAAUGUGAUAGAUGGAAUCUGUUGAAAAGAUAUUGUGGCUAUCUUUUUCAUCUUAUCUAUUCAUGAGGUACUCUGAACAAUAGGCAAGAUCAUCACUGCCAAGAACAAAGUGUCUUCAUAUGUUGUAUAGCCAUAUGGAAGCAUGUAUUGGAUUUUUAUAUCCUUUAUUUGCAUGCUCUGUAGGUUAAGUGUAAUAACUAUCCCAAUUCCAUGUAUCGAUGCAUAAGAAAACCGUUUAAUCCUUAUUUAGUUUUGUGCCUGCUUGAAACUUCAUCUGUCGAUAUGCUGUAUUUUCCCUGCUGAAUAAAAUUGCUGUUCUGUUUCCAAGACUUUGUGUAAUUUUAUGUAUAGUUUAUCUCUAUAUAUAUUUUUUUUAUAUUUGCAAUGAUCAGGUGGCUCCAUAUGGCACAUAAUUAAAGACCUGUAUGGCAUAUAGAGUUACAUCAGCAGUAUAGGAUAUGUGCUGAUGUAUAUAGAGUACCCCCCCCACCUUUCUACUCCAGAGCUACUGUUAUAAAGCUACUUCUAUUAUUUGAUAUGUUCCUAGUGAGAACAUGUAUUACCUUUUGUUAAAAUAUAAUACCAAUAGCCACUUUUGGUAGCAAGAUUUUUUUUUUAAGUGGAUAAUGGUUGUUGCUAAAUUAUUUAUUAACAUUUUUAUGAUUGGUUACUCUGGAGUGAUGAAAACCGAUUUAAAAAGAUCUUGUGUAAAAAUUGUCGGCUGAAUUUUGUCUGUAAGCUUCGAAAUGAAGUGUGUACCAAUGUGGUUCUCGACCUGUUUUUUGUUGAAUAUUGUUAGUGUUUAAAUUGGGAGAAAAGUUACCAGUUGGACAAAGGUUUUUCAACGGCAGAGCACGUGUUGGCUUUCCUAAUUGCAUACAUUUUAAUACUAAUAUUUAUCUGUGUUACAAACAAAUUGUGUGCGCUCCUGUUGUUACUGAUAUUACUUAAAUCACCAUAUUGGUUUUUCUUUUAUCGUAACUAAAUCCAAAAAUGGGACGCUUAGCGAUAGGUGAUCUGAAUUAACCUUGCCGACGCUGGUUAACAUGUAACAAGUUUGGUUAGUUCAAUUUAUUGCAGUUGUUUCAAUUAAAUGAUAUACAUCUUUGAUUAUUUACAUCAUUAUGGAAAUAAAUGCUUUAAAGGGUGAAGCUUAAUGAAA